AUGAACUCCAUUACAAGCAAUGUUGAUUCAUUGCUUUCAACAUUGUCACUUUCUACACAAUCAUUGGGUUCAUCUGGAUUAGUUGGUUCAACGGGUAUAACACAACAACACCAACCAGGAAAUUCAAAUUCAAUGGUAGAUUGCAUUAAAGAGGGGGUAUUGGCUUAUAUAUAUUUAGUAGAUGAAUCUUAUAUUCAACAAUCACAAGGCAAAGAAAUCGAACCAUUAAUACCUCUACCAAAAAAGCUAUAUACACAACAACAAUUUAAUAAAUCGCCACCUUUUCAAUUUCAACCAAAUAACGAAAAUAUAUCAUUAAAUAAAGAUAUUUAUAACUAUUUAAAUUUUUUUGAAGUUGGUCAAGGAAAAGAUUUUCAUUGUAAAGACAGUAUAAAAAGAUAUGCAAGAUUUCAUUUAAAUUUAACAUUAAAGUUUAUGGGUUGUAAAUCAAUUCAUGCAAGACAAAUUUCAAAUGCUGUAUUUGAACAAUUUGAAAAAUGUAGAACAGAAGUUAAUAAUAAUAAUAGCAAUAACAAUAAUAACAAUAAUAAUAGUAAUAAUAAUAGCAAUAAUAAUAAUAAUAACAAUAAUAAUAGCUAUCGUCCAAUAUAUUGUUUAUCGAUUCAAAGAAAUAUAUUUUAUUAUAUAAUUGGACAUAUUUUAGCAUGCUUUCAAUAUUCUAAACCACAAUAUCAAGUUGAUUUUCCAGUAUCAUGUGAAGUUCAAGAUAAAAAACAUUCUUUUACAAUUUUAUUGGGUGGUACCUCUGGUUGUGGUAAAAGCACUUUAACUGCACUUUUAGCUUCAAGAAUUGGUUUUACUGCUGUAAUUUCAACUGAUAAUAUUAGACAGUUAUUAAGAAAGUUUAUAAGUAGACAAGAAUCACCCAUUUUAUGGGCUUCAACCUAUCAUGCUGGUGAAAUUAUUUCAGAUUCAUCAUUAUCUCACAAAGAAAAGAUUUUAAAAGGUUACGAAGCACAAAAUGAAAUGAUAUUUAAUAAAUUAGAUGUAUUAAUAGGACAUUACGAACAAAGAAAAGAAUCUUUAAUUGUUGAAGGUGUACAUUUAGAUACUAAACUCAUUGUAAGAUUGGUAAAGAAACAUCCAUCAUGUAUUCCAUUUUUAAUGUAUAUUAGUAAUGAAGCAAAACAUAAAGAAAGAUUUGCAAUUCGUUCAAAGUAUAUGACUUUAGAUCCACAUCAAAACAAAUAUACAAAAUAUUUUAAAAACAUUCGUAUAAUAAAUGAUCAUUUAUGUAAUGGUGCUGACGAAUAUAUGAUACCACAAAUCGAUAAUACCAGUAUAGAUAGAUCACUUGCAACUAUUCAUGGUACAAUUUUCGCUUGUUUAAAAAGAAAGGUUCAAUGCGGUGAAUCUUACUUCAAUCACACAACAAAUAAAUUAAAUAUGUUAUAUCACGAGUAUGAACAAAUCCAACAUCAAUUUUGGUCCUCAAAGGGUAUGUUAAGAUUAAUUCAAAAGAAGAAAACUACCAGCUCAAACUCUAUCAGCGGUGCUAACCACAAUAAUAGUAGUGAACCUACAGAAGAAGUGGAGGAAAACUUCAAUAGUGACGAUGACGAUGACGAUGAGAACGAACAGGAUAAUACAGAGGAAGUUAAUGGUAACAAUCUUAAAAAAUCAUCCUCCUCAAAAGAUAAUGAUAGUAGUAAAAACAAAGAUUCAGAUUCAGACCAAGAUUCAGAUUCAGAUACUGACAGUAAUGAUGAUAGAAUUGAUUAUUAUUUAGAUUGUGGUUCACUUGGCAGUUAA